UCUUCACCUCCAGCACAACUGCAGCACAAUAUCGGACCAUUAAGCACUAGAGAAUAUAGAACAAACUUCAGGAAAAUCUAAAUGCCACCGAAGGGUUCCGGAAAACGCAAAGGCGGUGCAACUCCCGCUGUUAGUACACCAGCAGAUGUAUCGGCGCCUCAAACUCCUACCCUCGCAGAAUCCCUCUCCUACCUAUCCUACCCCCGUCCCUUCAAAAAUCCAAGCUACACAAAGAAUGCGGCACGGCGAACACGUACUCUCAAGUCGGUACUAUCGCAAGAACGAGAACGAGAACGACAGGAUCGCGAACGGAGACGAGCUGAGAGGGAGGCAGCGCUUACUGCAGCUAGCUCUGCCGCCGGAGAGGCACCACCAGUUUCUGGAGAGGAGGAUGGGAAUGUAAAUGUGAAAGCGGACGGUGAUGGGAUGGACGUGGAUACCCAGGAACAAGAACGAGAGACAAGUGCACCCGGGAGUGAAGCGGCUGUGAAGACAAUGUUGAAUGUCAUUGAAGAGGAGGAUAUACCAACUUAUACUUCAAUCGAGGCGCCACCUUCUAUCCUUCCGCAGAAACAUUACUGCGAUAUUACUGGCUUAGAGGCACCAUAUACUGACCCUGCGACCGGCUUGCGAUACCAUGACAAAAGUAUUUAUGAGUUCAUUAAGACUUUAAAUGCAAGUGCUGUGAAGGAUUACCUUGCUCUACGUGGGGUGAAUCCGAUUGUGAAAUAAAUUUCCUGUAUCUAUUACCCAUGUUGAUG